UGACGUGUGGCUCGGUGGGCGUGGCCACAUGAAUCUGCCUUGUUCCGUGUGGAAACUUUACCGGUCCGGGUGCAAAGUUUGAACUCCGUCUGCAAAACGCAGCUCGGUGUGUUUUUCAUUCUCUGUCACGAUUCACAUGAAGAAGACACGAAGCGUCGCGAAUGAGGCUCAUCACCCGAAUUAUGCUCGGUUUAGUCGAGGAAUAGGGCGGAACUGACGGGAAACCUCUGGGGUGUAUUUGCUAGCCAGUGCCGGUUAGCAUUGUUUUGUGUGUAUGUUGUGAUAGCUGUGUGUGUGUGUUGUCUAGCUGAUGGGAACCAUGGCGUGUGGACCCAACCGCGCCCGUUUGCUGUGCAUGCUGUCGUUAACGUUCGUUUUUUUCGUGGUGGAGGUGGUGGUGAGCCGGCUCACGGCGUCGCUCGCGAUGCUCUCGGACUCUUUCCACAUGCUGUCGGACGUGAUGGCGCUGAUCGUGGCGCUGGUGGCGGUGCGCUUCGCCGAGCGCACUCAGUCCACCAAGAAGAACACGUUCGGCUGGAUCCGAGCCGAGGUGAUGGGCGCCCUGGUCAACGCCGUGUUCCUCACCGCGCUCUGCUUCACCAUUGUGCUCGAGGCUAUCGAGCGCUUCACCGAGCCGCAUGAGAUCGAGAGCCCGUUCGUGGUGAUCGCUGUCGGGGCCGCGGGGCUCGUGGUAAACCUGCUAGGGCUGUGUCUCUUCCACGGCCACGCUCACUCACACAGCCACGGCAAGGCGAAGAAAUCCAGGGCGAACACGCGCAAGAGCGAGACCUCCACUGACCGCGCAUGCGCCGGAGAGGAGACCAACAACCUGGUCGGUGGUCGCGGGAGUAACAGCCCGAACUGCAUGAACACCGACAGCCGGGGAGCCGCUGAGUUAUCGGCUGUGCAGCUGAACGGCGAGCUGGAUCACGAGCACGACCUCGAGCACGCCCUCGAGCACGACCAUGACUCGUCCCCGUCGUCCCAGCUGAACAUGCGCGGUGUUUUCCUCCAUGUUCUGGGUGACGCGCUCGGCUCCGUCAUCGUCGUGGUCAACGCCACCAUCUUCGCCUUGGUGUGGAGUCCGUGCAAGCCCGGUGUUCCCUGCAACAUCCCGUGCCUUGCCAACACGCACUGCAGUGACCACCAUCACAUUAACGACACGCUUGUAGGCUUUGGCGAGGGAGAACACAGCAACACGAGCACCAUGCCCUUCACAGCCGGGCCCUGCUGGGUGCUGUACCUGGACCCGACUCUGUGCCUCAUCAUGGUCUGCAUUCUUCUGUACACGACGUACCCGCUCCUGAAGGAGUCCGCGCUCAUCCUGCUGCAGACCGUACCCAAGCAGAUCGACGUGAGCCUCCUAAGCACUCGCCUGCGCCAGCUCGAUGGCGUUCUGGCUGUGCACGAGCUCCACAUCUGGCAGCUCGCCGGGAGUCGCAUCAUUGCCACCGCACACAUCAAAUGCCGAGACCCUACCUCCUACAUGAGUGUGGCCAAGCGCCUCAAGGCCUUCUUCCAUGACGAGGGCAUCCAUGCCACCACCAUCCAGCCCGAGUUCGUCAUGGUGAGCUCGGAGUCACACGCCUCGCUCUGUGAGCUCUCCUGCCGCAUGCAGUGCGCCGCUAAACUCUGCUGUCAAAACGGCAAAGCCCCGGACAACGUAAACGCAAGUACCGAGAGCGGGAGCGAAGCCGAACCCCUCGUCUCCACCACCCUGGACGUCAUCAGCGAGUCUCUGGAAAGCGAGCCUAAAGUUCAAGCGGCUCCACAGGACGUGACCCUCACCAGAGAAGUCGAGUCGUCUUUAUAAGGAAGAACGAGUACAAAGAAAUCCAUAAUAAAGACACCAGAACACACAAAUAUAUCCAAAAAGGACCUGUACAUUUUUACACGAAUUAGAAAAUCGGAGCCCUUUGAGAGAAACAGGGAUGCACCAAUCCGAUAUCGAGCAUCAGUAUCGAAACGCCGGAUCUUAUCGGAUCCGAUCCGACACGUCAUCUGACCCGUUGCUGUAUUUCAUGCCAUCACUUGACACACGAGUGAACUUGCAUGCAAACGUAGGACACGAAUCAUCUUUGCGCACACCUGCUCAUUGUUUCUAUCCUAACUCACCAUUACCCGAAAGGGAAUAAUGGCAAACGGGGCGUUUCACAACCCCCCCCCCCCCCAAAUACACACCCUUCUGUGGUUAUUAAAGUGAAAACAUGACACUUACACGGAGACAAUAGUUGGUUCAAAGUUUCCAAACCCGUGACAGCACUGUUGCUAGGAGAAGGAGCGCUGGAAAAGGCUUCGUUUUCUAAUGUAUUCAUUUAUUCAUACGUCCGUCUUCAGUGCCCGCCGCGUCCCGGUCAGAGACGCGGUGGAUCCGGAACCUGAAACGGGAUCAGCGCGUCCACAGAGAGUGAAACGAGACGAGAGAGCGGUCUCUCGCUUCGAACAUGGAGUGAAUCGACUGGAAAAAGAUUCGCAAGAGAAAUUUCCUGAUCUGACAAGUGGAACAAAUCUGCUCUGGGGUCCAAACGCAUUCUACACGAUCCUUACACACACACACACACACACACACACACACACACACACACACACACACACACGCAAGACUCUGAACCUUGAGCCGUUACUGCCUGAUGGCUGGCUGACCUUUGAUCAGACGUGCUGCUGCAUGUGUGUGUUGCGAGCGCCGUGUUCGUGAAGCGUCCUCUAAGUCUAAGCGUGUGUGCGUGUGUCUAUGCAAAAACGUCUCGCGUUUGAGAACCUGCUGUGUCGUCGUUAUCUCGUGGCUCUAGUGCAACACACGCAUGCAAAAUCCAGCUGCUGGCUCAAGUUUAAGGACUUUUUUUUUUUUCUUUCUUCAUUUUAUUAUUAUUAUUAUUAUUACGAUAUAUCAAAAAUACAUAUUCUUUUCCCCUUCUGGAUACAUCCAUAAUCAACGUAUUUCAUAAGCAAAAUAAUUUAUGUGUUUAAUUUAUUAGUAAUGAUUCUGUUUUACUUUUCAGAGACUUUUAUAAUAUUUAGAUUUGGUAAUGUGUUAAAAAAAAAAAAAAAGAAGAAAAAAAAAAGGAUGUGAGCCUGUUUUAUUUUUUUUAAUUUUUUUUUUUUUUAAAGAAGCUAUGCUGUAAGGUAGAAUCUUUUUUACUAGUAUUUACUAGUAAACUGUGCUGCUGAGACAUGUUAUAUUUCUGACAGAUAGACGCAGUUUUCGUACCGGUUCAGCGAGCCUUUAAUGCUGAAAUGCAGUCUUUUCGUUUCCUCAUUUACGGGAAACGCUGAUGCUUCACGAGUCGCGGUGUUCUUGUCACAUGAGCGUGACUCGCGAGCAUUAAAAGCAGUGUUGAACAACGACUUGAGUUUCUCAAGCGUCCGUACCUACGAUCCUCGCAUGACCGAACAUCUCCAGCUUGGUGUGUAGUAACACUGGCUGUUUCGAAACUGGUUUUAACACACCCUCACCGACUUCCCCUCGAUUAAAAUCCCUGCCGCCACCUAAAGUGCUGCCGCAUCAGUCGAACCGCUGAAGUGAAGCUCGAGAGAGUCUGGAGUAGAAAUCUGAUUCUGCCGAUGAAUUUAAUCGAGAGCGAUGAAUUCAUGUCCCUCCGGGAUUUAGCGACCGCAGGAACGAACACGAAAUCAAAGCAACGCCGGCAGAUUCGCAGGCGCUCGCCGGUUUUUCAAUGAUACGACAGAUUUUGGCGAGGCGCGUCGCGUGACGUCGUUCGACCAAACCCGUCUGCGUUGUAAGUCCACUCCCUAAUAUGGGAGUCAAGGGAAAGUCAACGAGGGCGCGUUGAAAACUAGGUCUGCAGCAUGAGAUUUCUUUUAUUCCAGUAGUGCUGAGCUCUGCGUACGGGGCGGUAAAGCACGGCCAGCGCUUUGCUCAUCAACGCACACAGAAGGACACGUUUUUAUGCUUGAUACUUAGUUAGCCACGCUAGUUCUCGGGUAUUUCCAUCUCAUCAGUUUAAACGUGCAAACCAGAGUCAGAGUUCUCGCUUGUCUGUCUGUCCGUCUCGAGUUCUCCUGCCUGUCUUCAUGCUGUAACGCUUGAGCUGGUCUUAAGCAGUGCAAAGUCCUCAACGAUUCCCCGCUGCAUGACGUACAAUAAUGGAACAUUUUCGGCCAGAGAUCGAAUGUACACGUUUGUUUAGCUUAUUUCCAGUCAUUUGCCGUCAUCAGCCGCUACGUUAGCCUCACUGCUCAAGUACCGAACUAAUGAAGCGAACUUCAAACGCCUAGCGUGUUUUUGCUCUAGAGGACAUUUAGGUGUACAGGCAGCGUCGUACAGUUGUACAGGCCGAAUCGUUGCGUAAAGCUAACUUUUUUUUUGACGUACGAUGAAAGGAACACCGAGUUUUUGAAUGACUUGUACACACAGGAACGUUAAGGUUUUGUUUGCUAACACUCUAUUCGUCGAUUAUUAGUAAAUGACCGUAAUGACUGUCGGCGUAUUGAGACGUUUAUCAAGCACGACAUUGUUACUAACCCAAAUGCUGUAUUUGGGAGGAGGCUACGUGUGUACGUGGGAUACGGACGAGUAAGGACCGCCUUAUCUAGGAAAGGUACUUGAUGUUCUUUCAAAUUUGUCCAACGUGAAAACGCUUUGAAGAACCGCUGUCCUUCCGAAUCAGAUGCCAAAACGCGCCACCUGUCCUGCCAGCCUCCUGAGGUCUAGUGAAGCCUUUACGGUAAUAUCGUGCAUGUUAAAUGUCACAAUACGUCAUUUAAACAAUUAGCAGCUACUGUGAAAUGAAUUUGCUAUGAUAUGAAAUGUGCUUUCCAAAAUGCUCAGCAUGUCCUUAAAUCGGCCAUUCUCGUUAUUAUUUCUCCAAUGAUCCAUUGAUGCAAUGUUUUUCCCUUUCUUUUUUUUUUCUUUUUUUUUUUUAAACAGAUGCACACACAUUCUUUCUAUAUAUUGUAGCUGUAAAGAUUUUUUAGGUUAGAACACACCAGCUGAAAUGUUUUUGAUUAUAUUCAUGUUGGAUAUACGUUAAUGUGAAUUAAACAUGGCUGUGCAGUA